CAUGCCGUAAAUCAUGUGGCACUGUUGAGCAAUACUUAAUAUUUUGUUGUUCUUAAAAGAGAAACUGUCACAUCAGGCGUUCACCAACUGAGUCCAAACAGUGCCUGACUUUCGAUUUCACAUUACUUUCGAUUUUUGAUGUGAUUUGUACCGACAUACACGUUUCAAUUUUUCGGAAAAUCCGCGUAGUGAUCGUGUUUUCCUGUGUGACACAAGGAACUACACUAACCGCAUUCUGUUGUAGAAGAACAGGGUUUGUCCACUGCUCCUGUUUCUGCCACCCCCCGCUCCACAAAACGAUGCUGGUCACCGUUUUCUGCGCGCCGAGGGAUCGCCCAGAAACCACGUUUGCCCUCGACGUGUCCCCGGAGCUGGAGCUGAGGGACUUUGUAGCACUUUGUGAACUGGAGUCAGGAAUCCCAGCUGGGGAAAUCCAGAUCACGUAUGUAGAGCAGCCCCUAAAAGACCCCACCCGUGCCUUGGGGACUUACGGUGUCAAGGAUGGAGAUGUGGUUGUACUUCGACAAGCUGACAGAAGGCCUCCACAAACUCAACCAGCCUUUCCAGGCCUGCCCCGUAUCGACUUCAGAUCCAUCACAGUCCCUGGCACCUCAUCUUCACCCAAUCAACUUCCUGCCCCGCAGCCGCGGCAACAAGCUCCGCAGCAGCCACCGCCGCCGCAGCCGCGCCCCACACAGCCUUCUACGCCGAUGGCCUUUCGCGGCUCUUCGCCACAGGGCCUGGACAACCCCGCCUUACUACAACAGAUGCUAUUAUCCAAUCCACAUGAGCUUUCCCUUCUCAAGGAGAGAAACCCUCCACUUGCUGAGGCCCUGCUGAGUGGAGAUUUAGAGCGUUUCACCAAAGUGCUGCUGGAGCAACAACAGGAUCGAGCCAGAAGAGAGCAAGAGCGAAUCAGACUUCUGACCGCUGAUCCGUUUGAUUUGGAAGCUCAGGCAAAGAUUGAGGAGGACAUCAGGCAGCACAACGUGGAGGAGAAUAUGACAAUUGCAAUGGAGGAGGCCCCAGAAAGCUUUGGACAGGUGGUUAUGCUGUACAUUAACUGCAAAGUCAAUGGCCAUCCUGUGAAAGCUUUUGUUGACUCAGGAGCGCAGAUGACCAUCAUGAGCCAGGCGUGUGCAGAGCGCUGCAACAUCAUGCGACUGGUGGACCGGCGCUGGGCGGGGAUCGCCAAAGGAGUGGGCACUCAGAAGAUCAUCGGCAGAGUUCAUUUGGCUCAGGUCCAAAUAGAAGGAGACUUCCUUCCUUGUUCUUUCUCCAUAUUGGAGGACCAGCCGAUGGACAUGCUGCUAGGCCUGGACAUGCUGAAGAGACAUCAGUGUUCAAUCGACUUGAAGAAGAACCUGCUCAUUAUCGGCACCACGGGCACCGAAACGCGCUUCCUGUCUGAGGCAGAACUGCCGGAGUGCGCCCGGCUCGCGUACGGACCAGAAGGACGUGAAGACGCGCGUCCAGAGGAGAUCGCUGACAGAGAACUGGCAGAGGCGCUUCAGAGAUCUAUACAAGAGAGUGACACUGCAGAUGGACAAACUACCUCACUGCAGCCCUCGCCAUUUAUAUUACCAAGACCCUUAGACCGAAUGGCCAUACCCUCCUCUUCCUCUCAAAGCCCUUCUAGUUGUCAAUCACAGAACCCGACCUUGGAUCGCUCCCAGUCUGCGCCGGCCGCCGUGCAGCAGGCCCCACAGCUUCCUCAACCUUUGACCCCAGAAAAUGAUGCUUCUCCACCUCAUAGCGACCAUUUCCACCAUCUGCCUCGCCAAAGCGAAUCCGACAUGUCCCCCACUCCCAGUCCAACAUCGGAUAUAUUCGCCAGUGAGUCCCAGGACCCCAGUGAGGUGGCGCCAGCUGACUGGUGUUGAAUCUGACCAGGUGGAGAGCUCUUCACAUGAGGAGUGUUUGCCUGAACAGCCCAUGGACCAGGAGGUGAGCGAAAGCGAAGCGGCGGAGACCGCAGAGGCCGACUCCGUCGAAAUGGCGUGUCCCGCCAACUCCGCUGAGAGGGAGCAGCCCG